AAAAGAGAACUUCUCGCAUACCACCCAGCCGAUGUUGAAUUCUCCUUGUUGGGCCGGCCUAUGAGCAGAAGCCUCCUUCUAUGCCCGGCUCGUCGGCAGCUGGGACUCUUGGAAACUCCUUGUUCUGUGCCGUCAGCUAGCGGGCCGAGCUUCAAACUAUUCCCGAAUGUGGCACACGACACGGAAAAACACCGACUCAUGCUAUACCUUCGAAGAUCAUCAUUGUUGAGGUACUGCCACUCCGAUUGAUGCCCAACAAUUCACAUACUUCGACAAUCCAAGAGAGAAAACAGUACCUUCAUCAUGGCCACCACUGUGAGAAGUAUGGAAGACCAGCUCGAGCGCACACCCUCCGCCGUCGAAGGUGGCAACAAGUCAGACAACAAGGACAUGGACCUCCACACGGCCCACGAGCUUGAAAUAGCAUUUGUGCCCGACACAGAGCAAGAAAAGAGACUCGUUCGCAAGCUGGACUGCCGUUUGAUUCCAUGCUGCUGGGUUUUGUACUUACUCGGCUACAUCGACCGAGCCAAUAUUGGUAACGCAAAGACCGGUGGCAUGGCAGACGACUUCAACCUCACGUCGAGCCAAUACUCGAUCAUAGUCUUGGUCUUUUUUAUCUCCUACCUAAUAUGCGAGGUGCCGGCCAAUAUGAUCUUGACCAGGGUCAAACCUCAUUACUUUUUGCCAGGACUGGGGCUUGCAUGGGGCACCCUAGCCGCGCUCAUGGGAGCAACCAAAAACUGGAGUCAGGUAGCCGCCUUGCGGUUCCUUCUUGGCGUUGCUGAGGCUGGAUUCGCCCCGGGUUGUGCAUUUUAUCUUUCCUCGUGGUAUCGCAAGUAUGAGCUAGCCACUCGUUACGCACUUCUAUAUACCUCUGUACCACUUGCCGGCGCCGUCUCCGGUCUUCUCGCGGAAUUGAUCACAGAAUACAUGGAUGGCUCUGGUGGUAUAGCGGGAUGGAGGUGGCUGUUCAUCCUAGAGGGCCUUGGUUCCAUCCUCGCAGCUGUGGGUACCUUUCUCUUGAUGCCAGAUUAUCCCUCUACCAGCAAGCGAUUCCUCAACGAGUCGGAGACACUGCUUGCUUGCAGUCGACUAGCCGUGGAUGGCAUUGGUCUGGCACAGGGCGCACACGGCGAGAGGCUUGGUCAUUGGAAGGCUUUCAAGAUGUGUGUUGUCGAUUGGAGGACUUGGGCUCAAUGCUUGAUGUUCACCCUGGUCACUGGGUCGCAGACGAUGCAAUAUUUCAUUCCAACAUUGGUCGGAACCUUUGGGUGGAAAGGUCAUGUGGGACAAUACCACACGAUCCCAGCUUACGCAGCGGCACUCGUUUACGUCGUGUUAGCGUGCUGGCUCGCCGACAGAUUCAAGAUGAAGUGGCUUUUCGUCACUGGGCUAUCCGGCCUUGGGUUUGUGUUGUUCAUCGCAGUGAUUGCAUCUUCGAACCUGAUGGCUCGGUACGUCCUUACGAUUUUCGCUUUCGGAACUAUAUACGGGUGUUCGCCGCUGGUGAAGACAUGGGUCGUGGAUGUCAUCCCCAAUCCUGCAGAAAAAAGAGCAAUUGCCAUCGCUCUUAUCAACUCGAUUGGCAAUGCCUCUUCCAUCUACGGAUCGUGGCUGUGGCCAGACAAGGACGCGCCGAAUUAUGUUCCAGGUUUUGCAACCACGACUUCAUGGCUUGGCCUCUUGUGCGUGCUGUCAGUGGUCUUUGCCUGGCUUUUCAAGAAAUAUCCGAUCCAAAAGCUGGAUCAUGUCGAUGUCAUGGAAAGCGAGUUGAGAGCCCAGCGAGAAGGCGACGAAGCCCGCAAGACGAAGGCCUGAAGUCACAAGGGCAGGUCUUGGGAAUGCAUGUUCUUCGGAGUGAAACUCAUAGUGCGACUUCCUGGCUUUGGGGCAAGGGCGUCAAGUACAUAGUAGCCACGAGACGGUAGAGCUGGCGCACUCUAGCCACUGCACACCACCGACGGGUGCUAGAUGGGACAGCGCAUAUCGUAUCUAAGUCUGAGUCGUA